AUGAAAAGAAUGAUGACCCCCCCUAGCGAUGACUGUGACGUAAGCGAUCAGCGCCACCACAUGAAGACACACUGCGCUGGUGGCCAGGGAGGUGACAGCCCCGGCAUGGACCCGAAAAAAUGGAUCACCUUCAAAGACCUCCAUGACCGGGUCACGCAGCUGCUCUCCACUAAGCUCAACCCCUGUAACAUCAAGCAGUGCAAGUCCAAACUGGACAUCCUCAAUAAGUGCUCCUAUUACCUGGAGGUCAUGCGCCAGGACACACUCCACCAACCAGACCCGCAGCAGAACUACCUGUCCAACUCCACCAUCCUCCACCUCAUCGAUCCCUGGAAGUUCCAGCGGAUGAAGAAGCUGGGCCACAGCCAGGUGCAGAUCCAGCUGAGCCUGCUGGAAGAGCUCUACGAGCAGUUCUGUAAGGGCAAAGUGGAAAUGGAGGCCAUAGCCAGCCAGAGCGACUAUGGCGAUCAAGAGGUCGCCCACAUAAAUGGGAGGAUAGCGCAUCUCAUUAAGGCGUUCACGGACUUUGACUCGACACUGAUGCCCGGGGAGCUGCACACAAAGCACCGGCUCAUCUCCGAGACGGGCAACGCCAAGGUACCCCAGAUCCAUUUGAGGCUGUCCGUCAAAAUGCCUGUGAUGUUCGACACGUCACGCUCGGAGGCUCUGGCUGACUGCGCCCGGCUGCACUGGGAAAUGGCCGGGCAGGAGCAGCAGGAGCCUGGGGAACAGUUUGAGAUCCGCUACAAGCUCCUCCAGCCGACCAACACGGAGGAAGGGAACCAGCUAGGAACGGUGACCUGCAACUCCUACUGCAUACAGGUCAACAACCUGUUGCCGCAAAGGUGCUAUGAGUUCACAGUGAAGCGGGCUGACGCCUGCUGCCUGGUCUACGGGUUCUGGAAUGACACCAUGGUGCUCAGAACCAUGCCACUAUCCCCAGGGGGCUUCACCGGGAGCCAGGAGAAGAGGAGGAGGCUGUUCCCCUGGUAA